AUGGCAACAACUCCAAUCAAAAUCAUCUCAUAUUCAAUACUACUUUUCAUAACCAUCAGCAUAGCUAAUGGUAAAGUUCAACCACCUCAAUCAACCUUGGUGUUCUACCUACAAGAUGUCAGAAAAGGACCUAAGGCAACCGUUUCACCGAUUAUAGGCAUCAAUGGCAAGGUUUGGUCGUAUAACACAUUUGGAACAAUAUUGGUUGUUGAUGAUCCUAUUACGAUAAGUCCUAGCUCAUAUUCAACUCAAAUUGGACGGGCUCAAGGAAUAAUUACGGUAACUUCUCAAGAUGGUACAAAUGUGAACAUAGUUUUGUCACUUGUGUUUAACAAUGCGCAAUACACUAGUAGCACUUUGGAAAUUCAAGGUACAAGUUGUCAGCGUGAUAAUUUAAGAGAGCUUGGUGUUGUUUCUGGAACAGGAAGGUUUCGAUUCGCAAGGGGAUUUGCUGUGUUUGAAACUAUAUCUACCUAUAGUCAAUCUGUUAUUAGGUUGAAUGUAACCUUGGCAAUACCUUAAAA